CUGUUUCCUUCAAAUCUUGUGACUGCAGCUUUCCGAACGUAUGCAACAGAAUAUAAGAUGCUGCUCAGAAACACUACCUCUGGAAAUGUCACGUGGGAAAAGAUCCCUGUUGGUACUGAGAUUGAGGGGAUGAAUAUCCUGGGACUGGUGCUGUUUGCUCUGGUUUUAGGAGUGGCGCUGAAGAAGCUUGGCCAGGAGGGGGAAGAUCUGAUUCGCUUCUUUAAUUCGUUCAAUGAGGCUACUAUGGUCUUGGUUUCCUGGAUUAUGUGGUAUGUACCUAUUGGCAUUAUGUUCCUUGUUGGGAGCAAGAUUGUGGAAAUGGAAGAUAUCGUGCUUUUGGUGACCAGUCUGGGAAAAUACAUCUUCGCCUCUAUUCUGGGCCACUUCAUCCAUGGAGGAAUCAUUCUGCCACUUAUUUAUUUUGCAGCCACACGUCAAAAUCCUUAUCGUUUUCUCUUAGGACUUAUCACGCCACUUGCCACUGCUUUUGCCACUUGCUCCAGUUCAGCCACUCUCCCAUCAAUGAUCAAGUGUAUUGAGCAGAACAACAAAGUCGACAAGAGGAUCAGCAGGUUUAUCCUUCCUAUUGGGGCCACUGUAAACAUGGAUGGAGCUGCUAUUUUUCAGUGCAUGGCAACUGUGUUUAUUGCUCAGCUGAACAACGUCAACCUCAACCCUGGGCAGAUCUUCACAAUUCUCGUGACAGCUACUGCAUCCAGUGUGGGUGCAGCAGGGGUUCCUGCUGGAGGAGUCCUCACCAUUGCCAUCAUCCUGGAGGCCAUCGGACUGCCCACCAAUGACCUCUCCUUGAUACUAGCCGUGGACUGGAUUGUGGACCGAACCACCACAGUUGUGAAUGUGGAAGGAGAUGCCCUAGGAGCUGGCAUCCUUAAUUACCUGAAUGAAAAGGAAAAGAAAGACAAAGAGCAGGAGCUAAAGGAGGUCACCAUAGAAGCAGUUGCUAACAGCAAGUCUGAAGCAGAAACGUCACCUUUGGUAACCCACAAAAACCCAGUCUCCAACACAACCAGUACAGCAGAUCCUGAAUCCAAGGAGUCAGUAUUGUGA